AGUUUACCUGCUCGGAGGAAAGGUGCUAAUAACCAGCCAGGCUCCAGGUGAAGUGUGGUUGUCGGGCUGACAGAUGAGCCAGCCAUGCCUCAAUCACCGGGAUGGUGAGAUUCAUUUACAGCACUGAUUUUAGGUCUCGAAUGACUUCUGAAAUGAGAAAAGACGACAGGAUUCUUCUGGUUUGCCCUCAGCGCGACGAAGCGGACCCGCAGACCCAUCCCUUCAGCCCCGGUCUUUACAAAGUCUUCUGACAUUUCGGGACGUCCAGGCCGCGGUAUAAACGUCGUGGCCUUUCAGAUGGGGGCGACGUAAUUACGGCAUCGAGAAAGACCAAACGAGCCGUCUGCCAAGCCUGGAGGAGACCGGCUUUAUUCGUAUGUCGUGGUGGUUCCGCAGGACCAGCUUUGCAUGUUUGACAAGCGCUGUGGUGAAAAGCAGUAGAAAGGAAAUCUUAAUUUCAGAUGCCACUCAGAUGGGCGUUGAAAGGAAUGUGCUGACCUUUAAAGCCAGAGUAAUUACUUUUCGAUUGCAGGUACUGUACACGAGCUCUGUCGUCGAGGUAUCCGACAGACACACUGUUUAAAGACAAAGGUCGAGGCUGCAUAUUUAACAGCAUAAUUCAACGGUUAGUGCUCGCUUUUGCGGCGUGGCGGUACGGCAGAACGCCAACUGUUACCGUUUCGUAUACGCCAAGGAAGCAAACUAUGGUGGAGCUGAAGAUGUGGACUGUCUCAUAAUGUUAUGUCCUAUCAGCAUUUCUGCUAUCUCUCCAUGAAGACAUGAGAUUUGUCAUCUCUUUUUCCUGACUGCUCUGUUUCCUUGCUGCAGCACUUUUUCUGUCUGCAUUUGCUGGCUAAUGGCCUUAGGGCCUGCACUCAAAACACCACUGCGCUUCCUCAUUAUCCCAGCCAAGAUGCCUCUGGGACACACUGCUGUUUCUUACGCCCUUUUAUCGGUGCGUAUGUGCCCUGUUUUGGUUACCCACAUCCAUCUUAUUUCUAGACACGAGUCACUUUUGACAUGUUCAGACAGGUGACCGGAUUUUUUGCCAGCAUGGUUUGGUUCCACUUCGAGAGAAGGCUCGAUGCAAAUCAAUACAAAGUUCUUCUGAUUAUACUGAUCACCUUUUAUCUUCUGAUAAAUGAUCUUUUCCAGAGGAUGACUCUACCCCCACCCACCCCCCCAACCCCCAUCCGCAGGGUACGCGGGCUCACCGAUUGAUUUGAUGAAGUUGAAAAGGAUGUAGAUCGUACGCCGUGGCCUUCCCAAUCACUAGAUCCAGAGAUUUUGGGGCGACGUGUUAAACAUCACUUUCCAGCACCGUCGUACAAACACCGAAUGAGGGAAUAUCUUUUGGAACGCAGUGUUCAUUCUUCCAGUACAGUUCCAGAGACUUGUAGGGUCUAUACCAAGAUUCCUCGAGGCUUCUCGCAGCCGUAGAGCCUAAAAGCUGCAUCAUGCUGGCGUGCCUGCCGAGACGACAGAACCAACCCGCCCAGCACCCGGCAUGUGCUGCCAAGAUCCUGGACGCUCCCGUCAGCCUGAAAUGUGAUCUGAGCUCAAUGCAGUCUCCACGGUACCCCUCUGCUGCUGAGCUAGACGCCUACGCACAGAAGACGGCAGAUAGUCCGCUGUCCAUCAAGAUCUUCCCAUCCAAUAUCAGGGUCCCACAGCACAAACAAAUUGGCCGAACUGUCAACGGCUUGGACACGACAGGCCAACGCUUCAGCCCUUACUCCCAGCCCUACUCCAGUGGCUACCAGGGCUUGCUGGCCAUUGUCAAAGCCCCCACUGUGACCAAAGGCAUAGUAAAGAGCUGUGAUGGCAAGAGGACUAAACUGUCGCCAAUCCAGAUGGCGGUGGCACCUUAUGCACCACCCAGCAGCAACAACUUGGCUCACAGGCACAGGCAGAGACCAUACAGCUUAGAGCUUUGCAAACCUCCUGAGGUGCACAACGUCCCAGUGCCACCCAAUGUCGUGGUAACAGCUUCUGCUACAUCCCUCUCUAGUGGACAAAGUUUGGUUCUGGCUUCCCACUCAGACCACGCAUCCCUUUGCAUUGUGAGACAAAUGGCUAGGACGUCCCACGCCCAAGGGCUUCAGGCAUCUGUGGAAGAUCAUUCCAGCCCAUCUCAUCAAGCAGCUACAGCCUGCUUGGAUUCCAGUUUCAGCAUGGACAUGGCCAAGACUACGGGCUACAUGGACACUAUGGAAUAUGCGAUAUGGCAGUCCAAGCAGCAGAGACAUCAACAGCAGCAGCAGAAGCAGCACUAUCAGCAGGGUCCAUUACACAGGUACAGUGCCAACAGUAGCAGCAGAGCUACCAUUAGCAGAUCUCCAGAUGUAUGCUUGCCCCAAGGCACCACUCAGAUCCCAUACAGGGCUCAUGCCCUCAGCACAGGCACCUGCGUAACGGGUGUCACGCUGGACCGGGUAGGCUCAUCACCUUUGAACUGCGCUGCCACACAUGGUGACUUCUCUGCUGGCCAGUUCUUCGCACCUCACUGGAACAGCACGCUUGCUACGCCUGACAGCGACUGUUACAACCCGCAGGAGCUGCCCCUGGGCUCGGUGGGGCUUGGCCACAGCCAUGGCCGGCCUCAGCGCCAAGCCCACUGUGUGCCGCAGCAGUACCCAGGUCUCGGUCUGUGUUGCGGGCUGCCCGGCCGGAGCCUGUGUCAGGCCUCCCUGCUCAGCAGCAGCCUACAGUCUCUGGAGUGCCUGAUCAGCGAGAUCCACCCACCCUGCAUCAAGGAGCGCAUGCUGGGCCGUGGGUAUGAGGCCGUUCAGCCCACGCACAUCCAGCUGCCUGUGUUCAGAUAGGGGCCAUCAGACAAGUGAUUCGAGAAGGUCAAAAGUGGACUGUUGGGAUUAGGAGAUGAGGCAUAGAUUUGAUAUCAGACAUGCCUUUCGUGGAUAUGUCUUUGGUAAAGGGCUGAGUGGGUUUUUGCAAAGCUUAAAAGGGUACCAGUGAUUCUCACGCCCCGCAAAAGGUCGGAGUUGCAGCUUAACUCGCGUUAGCUGGACUGACUUCAUGUACUUCAAGAAGUACUCAUAUUCCACAGUUUUGCAGCAACAGGGAUUUUUGUGGCAUCAUACAAUUACUUCUGAUCCAAAUGAUCUGAAUGGAACCAUUUCAGAUUAGCUGCCAAAUUUUCAACGGGAAGCAAACUGCCCAUUGUUGCAGGACAUUGACACUUCAGGUCUGUUUACUCCAAAACCAUAACUAAACUGAUGAUCUAUGUUUAGUGAACUCUUGUUGGCAGAAAUUUGUAUAGCCCUGCUAGUACUAAAUCAUAAUAGUUAUGAUUUUUCCAAUUGCACUGUUAUAAAAACCUAUUAAAAUGACUCUGGCAUGGGUUGGUUCUGAAAACGUUUCAUCGAAAAAGAAAACUUGAAUUUUUUCCUGUAUUAUUUUUGUCUUUCAGUAGACAGGCAUAUUUAUAAGAUUCUUUAUUCUAGUUGUUUCAUCUCUGUUUGUGACCAAUGAUUUGAUUUGAUUUUUUUUUUUGUUGUUGUUGUUAAAUGGUUUCAUCCAAAUUUUCAUCUGUUUCUGGCAAGUCGAUCUGGUUGAUCGUUGUCUACUGUAGCCAGUCCAGUGUUGUUUUUCUUUUCUUCUUCUUUUUUCAAAUGGCAUUUGUGAAUCUGAGAAACAGACUGGGAAGCGUACACUACUGAGCUGGCUCCAUCAGCAGCCAGAUGUGAAGCCACACGAGUUACUGUGACUAAGUCUUAAGAGUUUCGACUGGAUUUCAGCAUCAGUGUUCUACAUAUUUUAUUCAUUAUUUAUUGACAUUUGAUUUUCUGUACCAUGUUAGAAGAUACUACCAGGGUGUCUGAAUUUUGGAUAAAAAAAAGAAAUGGGAUGGGGGGGGGGGGGGGGGGG